UAUUUUUAGAACAGCUCUGCAUUUUAUAAAUGUGACGUCACGAUCGGAGACCAACAGCUAGACGAGACCUCGCCCAACGCGUUGAUCCUUACUGAGAUUGUUGUGAGUUUUAACAGGUCCACAGUCAUCAAAGAUGCGUGAAUACAAGCUAGUGGUCUUGGGAUCCGGUGGUGUAGGCAAGAGUGCCUUGACCGUGCAGUUUGUUCAAGGGAUCUUUGUGGAGAAAUAUGACCCCACCAUUGAAGACAGCUACAGAAAGCAAGUGGAGGAGUGUGGACUAUCAUGUAUGCUGGAGAUUCUGGACACAGCAGGAACAGAACAAUUCACGGCCAUGCGAGACUUGUACAUGAAGAACGGCCAGGGAUUUGUUCUUGUUUACUCCAUCACAGCCCAGUCCACCUUCAACGACCUGCUGGACUUAAGAGAACAGAUCCUACGAGUCAAAGACACAGAUAACGUGCCCAUGGUUUUGGUAGGCAACAAAUGCGAUCUGGAGGACGAGAGAGUGGUAGGGAAGGAUCAAGGAGUCAACCUCGCAAGACAGUUUGGCAACUGCACGUUUCUGGAGACAUCGGCCAAAGCCAAGAUCAACGUAGACGAGAUUUUCCACGACCUGGUGCGACAGAUCAACCGUCAGACGCCGGACCCACGAAAGAAGACCAAUAAGAAGAAACAGGGCAGUGGCAGGUCCUGUGUAUUGCUGUGAGGGGUCAGUGGGGCAGUCUACAAGUUGGAUUGCAUGCUUAAAAGGGGGAUUUGUGACAUCAUGGCACACGUUUCAUUCAGCAUAAAUGUUAGACUUUCAACACCGGAUCACAUAUCAGCUCUGUUUGGAUCCAUCGGCAGUCAACUCUCGUCUCGUCAUCUGCAAAGUAAUUUCAACCAAUCGUCUGUCCACAUUGUACAUCGCCCAUUUCGCAAGAAAACCAACUGUUUUUGAAACUUUCCGGCUUGGUGUUGCAAAGGAUGUGUAUGCUAUAAUUUUGUUGACUCAACUCUCAAAUUGUCGAGUGGCGUUUUGCAUGGUCAGUUGUACACUGUAAUAUUUUAUUACUAAAAAUUAACAAAAAAAAUCCUUAUUUACAGUGUUUUAUCGUAGGGUCCUUGAAGGAAUCAAGUUUUACUGUGUACAUUUUUUCGUAAUAUUUAAUCGGAAUGACAUCUGUAUUGUUUCUUUUGACAUUCGUCCAUUAAUAAGUAUACGGAGAACCUGCUGGACAGAAUCAUACACAUGAACGUUAAUUGAAGUUUGUAGGAUUUGUUGCCAGUUCAUCAUUGAUUAUUUUUUUAGUUAUUUUGGUGAGCAGGUAAAGGAUGUUUACAUGUGCGGCUAUUAUCUGUUCAAAGUUGACUGAAUCCGAAGGAAAUGGCUUGCUGGGGUUUUUUUAGUUUGUUUUUCAGCAGUACAGCUUUUUUUAGUUGCAUCUUUAAGGAAGAAAUUUAAUGUCCUAACUACUUUCCUUCCUAUGUGGUCAACACAUUUUUUACAAAGGAACUUCAGGAAACACCAGUUAAGAGCAGUUAUAUUUGUUCUUAAGUACAUUUGUUCAUGUUAAAAUGAGAUCAUGCAUACAACUGUAAUGGAAGUGGUGGAGCUUGAAUUGAGUCUGGCGCCCCCUAUUGUCAGAGUUGGGCCAUUGGAGCACAUUUCAAAAGCUCUUGGAUUAAAGGGCCAUUUUCCAAACCACGGCUUUGUUUUAAUAUGUGGCUUUAGGUAUGCAGUUUGGCACUGGAGCUGGAGACACAGCCUAAGCCAGGGUUUGGAAAAUGGCGACAUUGGUGCUUAAACAUUGAACGGUAUAAAAGUCUGACUGCCUGACUACACUAGGGAGAAUACUGUUGAUGGAUAGUAAGGAACCAGGAAUUCAUUGGUUUGGGAUGAUCAAUUAUAAACUGUUUGCUAACCUAAACUGAAUUUUUUUAAUGUUGCAUGUAAGUGAUGCCAUAAAAAGUGCUAAUUUUCUUCCCCUUUUUUUCAACUUAUAUAUAUCUGUAAACUUGUUUUUUUUAGUAGGAAAAUCAUUGUUAAGGUGACAAAAUGGGGUGGUGUACAAAGGUUUAGGCAUCUCGGGCUAGACCCAUAAACGUGGCAUCAUUAACACCGCCACGUUCCAGAGUUGCGCAGAAACACUCAACGCACGCGAUUAUACGGGUACCAUUUCGCGCGUGCAUGACUCAGAGUACCAGCAUACCCUGCGUGACCUCAGAAAAUCUAAAAUUCUGCUCGUACGUUUGUUGUCGUGUUGAGGUCUUUUUUCCCCACAAAUUUCUUGAGAAUGCCAGAUCCUACGCUCGCGUAAAUUCACAGAAAGCUUCAUAUGUAAGUACUUAUAAUAUUCAGGCAUGCAAUUUUUCUUCAGAUCUGCUGAUUUCCUCGUUUUUAACUUCUCAUGAAUGCCAUUACAAAUUGAAAAAUGCUAUACAAAGACUUGUGUGGUUUGGAGUUUCCUUGUUUUUCUAAAUUUUCAGUUGCAUGCCUGAAUACUGGCAACCCGACGUGCCGCAUAACAAUUUCAGAGUGUUUUUACGCGAGGCUGGAUCAUGGCGUUGUCAUUGACGCCACAUUCGGGUCUACUUGGGCCGAUGGCAUGGAGCAAUUUCACAAGCAAGUGUACUGUUUCGCUGAAUUUUGUUUGAAGCCAAGUUCAGCUAAUAAGCAAGUUUUAGUGUUGUACAUGCAAGAUGCUCAGCGAAAUCAUACUGUACUGACAGGCAUGCAACUUUUCCUCGGAUCCGCUGAUUUCUUCGUUUUUCACUCCUCAUGAAUGCCGAUACAAAUUGAAAAACAUUGUACAAAGUCUUAUGUGGUUUGGAGUUUCCUCGUUUUUUUUUCUAAAUUCCCAGUUGCAUGCCUGUGUACAUGUGGCGUCCAUUUGUGUGUGGCCCAUGUGCACAAAAAUGAUUAAAUAAUGAUGAAAAUCGAGUUUCGUUUUCAAGUUUAAAAUGUGGAGUUGCAAAUUAUUAUUUUAUGCAAUAUACAAUACAUACCUCUCUACAGCGGACCAAUGCAGGUUGAUGUGUGGUAGAAAUCCUUGUCCCCCCCCCCCCCCCCACCUUGCCCAUUUGUGAAAAGUGAUUGGAAUAACUGAAUGAUACUUUUGGAAAAGUUGGCAGCGCGAAAGUAAUGCAAGGCUGUGAAUGGACGGAAAGAUUUCCGUAUACGAAGUUCACUAAUUUUCCUCUGUAUUGACUAACAAGCCCCCAGAUAGCAAUUUCAUGUCAUCAAAGUCAAUUUGAGCAGUGAGCAAAUACAAGCAUUUUCUUAGAAAACACUUAGAAUUUUUCAGUCCAAUCUCAUAGGGUUUGUACACAGGGUGUUGAGUGAACUUCGUAUAUGGAAAUCUUUCCGAAUGGACUUCCGAGAUUUGUAUGCUGUGAUCUAGUCGGUCAAACACAACUGUUGAUUGUAGUUUCUACUUGUUUUCCCAGUUAUCUUUUAAAAAUUAUUUGAGUUGUUCCAAGUCCGAAAAAGCUAUUUAAUAUCCAAUAAAUAAACUGUGCUUUUGGAUAUUAUUAUUAUUAUUAUUUUUCUGGUAAGUACAACUUUGUCAAAGGCCAUGAUGUCAGGUGGCAGAUCGUUUAGUUAAAAAACAUUAACGGAAUCUAGGAAUUGGUCAAAUUUGUGUACUUUUUCCCCCGACUAGUUCAAAAAAGUUGAGUGCCUACCCCUUGCAAAUGCAGAUUACGUGACACUGAAAAGGCUUUUUCAAAAGCGAGUACACUCUUUCUUGCAGAAGAACAAUUUUUUUUGGUCAAAUUUGUUUCGCUUUUGCAUCGGGUACGAAUCAGUCUUUAAAAAAUCGCGUGUUUCUAGUACACAUUGUAAAUAAGUCUUAAAAAGUCAUCUUCUGUACAAAUAUUUUUCUUUUUUCUUUUCCUUGAUUACUCAUAUCACAUUUGAUUGUAUUGUAAUUUUUGUCGCGUAGUUGAUGCGCCACUUCUCCAGUCUGUGUUGUGGGCGGGCAGAAUAACACAAGGCAAUGCAAUGUUGUGUUUAUGUACGCUUGAGAACUUUACAAAUUGACAUAAUCUAAACCAUCCUUUAAUUUGCUCGAAAUGUAAGAAGGGACAGAGAUUCCUCAUUUACUUCAUCUAUAUGUAUUUAAUGUAAAAUAUAAAGUCUUCGGUCACAACUAUUCAGUAGCCUUUUAAUACGCAAAACAAAAAUAGCAUGAAAAGAAAUUACUAAUAGUAGAGUUUUGUAAGUACAUAUUUAAAUUAGAAUUGAGUAAGUAAAAUUUGUCGAUUGAAGGGUUUGAGUGUUCUCUCAGAGUGGUGUCUUUGACCAAUUAAAGUGAGCUCCGUUUCCCAGAUGUUGGCAAA